AUGACUUCAACUUCUUCCUUUGCCGUUGAUAUUUGUAAAUUACCGGAAGUGGUUAGAGAAAAAUUGGCUCAACUUGAUUUGGAAUUAACUGAAGGCGAUAUAACAGAGAAGGGCUAUGAAAAGAAGAGACAACAAUUAAUUGAACCUUUUUUAAAGAAGACGGUGAAAAAAGAAUCUAAUAAGAAAGACGAUAAAGUUCAAAAGCAGAGACGCCGGACAACUCGAACAGAGACGCGUUACCAUUCGGGUAUUUUUUAG